AUGUAUGGAAUUUUCCAGGAAAGAGAUCUUUUGAAGACCUUCAGAAUUCCUGCAGAUACUUUCAUUACAUACAUGAUGACACUGGAGGAUCAUUACCACUCAGAUGUUGCUUACCAUAACAAUAUCCAUGCAGCAGAUGUGGCACAGUCAACCCAUGUUCUUCUGUCCACUCCUGCUCUGGAGGCUGUAUUCACAGAUCUGGAAAUUAUGGCUGCCAUCUUUGCUAGUGCCAUUCAUGAUGUAGAUCACCCAGGAGUGUCAAAUCAGUUUCUUAUUAAUACCAACUCAGAGUUGGCAUUGAUGUAUAAUGAUGCCUCAGUUUUAGAAAAUCACCACUUGGCAGUAGGAUUUAAGCUUCUUCAAGAAGAAAACUGUGACAUUUUUCAAAACCUGACUAAGAAGCAGCGCCAGACUUUACGUAAAAUGGUUAUUGACAUGGUAUUGGCUACAGAUAUGUCUAAACACAUGAAUUUAUUGGCUGACCUGAAGACUAUGGUGGAAACAAAGAAAGUGACUAGUUUGGGUGUCCUGUUACUGGAUAAUUACUCUGAUCGUAUACAGGUACUUCAGAACAUGGUCCACUGUGCAGACCUCAGCAAUCCUACCAAACCUUUAGAGCUAUAUCGUCAGUGGACAGAUCGGAUCAUUGUUGAAUUCUUCCAUCAAGGUGACAGAGAACGGGAAAAAGGAAUGGAAAUUAGUCCCAUGUGUGACAAGCACAAUGCUUCUGUUGAGAAAUCACAGGUGGGUUUCAUUGAUUACAUUGUGCAUCCUCUGUGGGAGACUUGGGCUGAUUUAGUGCAUCCUGAUGCUCAAGAAAUUCUGGAUACAUUAGAAGAUAACAGAGAGUGGUAUCAUAGCAUGAUCCCUCAGAGUCCAUCCCCUCCACCAGAUGAGCAAGACCCAGACAGG